UUCACAUGAUUUUCAACUCUCUAUCAUCUUUCCAGUUUCCCACCUAUCUCUCUCACCUUUAAAUUCACUGUGUAUUAAGGAAAAAAACAGAGACUUCGUCUUCUCAUUGCUUUUCCGGAGAAUUUGAGAACCAGAAAACUACUGCAAUGGCGAUUCAUCCUUGGUGGAAACGUAACAGAAAGGUAAAUACUUCAACCCAUAAAUCAAACUUUUGCUCUUAGGUUUAUCGAAAUAUAUAUCAUCUUCAAUGUGUACAAAACUGUAUCUGAUUCAGAAAGUGGACAAGUACAUGAAGAAUGCGAAGGAUUUGAUAACCAGCCAAGAUCCAAACGACAUCGUAUCAGCUCUCAGUCUCUUGAAUUCAACGCUUUCUAUCUCUCCUCACCACGAACUCGCUCUGGAACUCAAAGCCAGAUCGCUUCUCUACCUUCGUCGUUUCAAAGACGUGGCCGUUUUGCUUCACAAUUACAUUCCCAGUCUUAGAAUCGAUAACGAAGAUGUCAGCAGUGUCUUCGCCGCUUCAUCGGAGCUUUCCUCUCUCAUGCUUCUUCUUCCGAGUGGCUCACCGAGUCAUGACUCGUCGUUCAAGUGUUUCUCUUAUUCCUACUUGAAGAAGAAGGUCAUGGCAGGGUUAAGUAAUAAUUCUCAAGUACAAGGGCAAUGGAGAUACUUGGUUUUGGGCCAAGCUUGUUACCAUCUGGGUUUAAUGGAUGACGCGAUCAUCCUACUCCAAACCGGUAAACGCCUAGCCACGGCGGAGCUCCGCCGCGAAAGCAUUUGCUGGUCCGAAGAUAGCUUCAACCUUUCCACCUCCGAAUCUCAGCCACAACCAAUCACCGAAUCCGAGAUCGUAUCGCAAAUGCUCUCCCAAACCAAGCUCUUCCUCCGACGGCGCACAGCGGCGCUCGCAGCACUUGACGCCGGUCUCUACUCCGAAUCCAUCCGCCAUUUCUCUAAGAUCAUAGACAGCCGUCGUGGUGCACCGCAGAGUUUCCUCGUCUAUUGCUUAAUUCGUCGCGCCUUCGCCUAUAAAUCCGCCGGCCGAAUCGCGGAUUCCAUCGCCGAUUGCAACUUAAUCCUAGCCCUAGAACCGUCGUGCAUAGAAGCUUUAGAAACCAGAGCUGAAUUGUUCCGAUCGAUACGGUGUUUCCCCGACUCGCUUCACGAUCUCGAACACUUGAAACUCCUCUUCAAUUCAAUUUUACGUGACCGGUCAUUAACCGGCCCGGUUUGGAAACGGCAUAAUGUCCGGUACAGAGAAAUCCCGGGAAAAUUAUGUGUAUUGACCACUAAUAUCAAACAAAUGAAGGAGAAAAUUACAAACAGAGAAAACGGCAAUGAGGAUUAUUACUCAUUGAUGGGAAUUGAACGUGGGUGCUCGAGAUCGGAGCUGAACAGGGCUUACUUGUUACUGAAUCUAAGAUAUAAAUCGGAGAGAUCAAUGACGUCUAUAGACCGGUUCGAUAUAAUCGAUGAGCAAGAAUUAGUUUCGGUUAAGAACCGAGCGAGAAUGUCAACGUUGUUACUCUAUAGAUUGAUCCAGAAGGGAUAUUACGCCGUAUUGAGUGACAUUGAAACCGUAGAAGCGGACAAAGCGGUUGCAAUCGAUAAUCGACGGAUUGAAACGCCGAUGGAUGGUAAUAAAGCGGUGGCAAUGACGGUUGUGAGGAAGAGUAACGACAAGUUAGAUGUGGUGGUUAAAGGAGUGUUUUGUAGAGAUAUGGCGGCGGUUGGGAGUUUGAUUUCCCGUGCCGGUUUAAGACAACCAAUUACGGUUUAGUUGCAUGCAUGUCAUAGCAUUUUGGAGAUUUAUCUCUCGUUUUUUAUUUUGUCGCUGAGUAAAAGAGUUAAAAUUUAUUUUUGACGUUGGAAAAUAAAACGAACCUUUUUCUCACUAUAUGUAUUAUGAGAUUUGA